CCUAUCCUCGUCGUCGACGGCGCUCUUCCCGGUCCACCGAUAAUCCCAGUCCACGCUGCUCCCGAAAGAGGUGCAACAAUGGAUGCUCUGGCAUCGGACCUGACAAGCAUCGCAAACCAGGCUUCAUCGUCUCGUGCUCCGGCCUACCUCAAAGUUCUCAAGUCCUUGCUCGCUCGCCCAGCUUCCGAACUCCCCGCAGACCAACUCCAACGAUGCCUCUCAGCCUACCUCGACCAGGCCGUCUUCAGUGACACAAACUCGACGGGAGGCAAUCUCGUCGUGGGCAGACAGGUUCUUUCAGACUUUGAUCUCGCCGUCGUCGAGGCGGGUGCCUCGUCGCAGGGCGAGGGAGGAGAGGAUGCAACGAUGGGACAAAACGACCCUGCCAUCAAGGACGAAGAGGUGCGCCGGACUGUCUUUGAAGAUGCGCUGGAAAAGGUGCAGCCACGAGUCAUCAGCUUUGAGGAGCAGGCAUCGUCCUUGCGCCAGCACCUCUCGGUCCUCCUCGAGGAGUCCGAAGACUGGCUCGAGGCCGCCCGCGUGCUCCAAGCAAUCCCCCUUGACUCAGGCCACCGAAGCGUCUCGGACCUGUAUAAGCUGCGUACUUUUGUCCGCAUCGUCCGCUUGCUUCUCGAGGGUGACGAUGCCGUGGGCGCCGACACGUUCCUCAAGCGGGCCUCCCUCAUCGUCCACAACGUGCCCGGCGCAAUCUCUUCAUCGUCGGCUUCUGCAAUGGCCGCCUCGUCAUCAUCACAAGCGUCAGUCAGCGAAAAGGACAGGCAGGAGGCACGGAGUUUGGGACUGCAGUACAAACUCUGUCAGGCGAGGAUCUAUGACUCUCAACGACGUUUUGCAGAGGCCGCCAUUCGAUACCACGAGCUGAGCUACGUCGGAGAGAUUGACGAAGGGGACCGCAAUCAUAUGCUGUCUGCGGCCGUGACCGCCUCGAUUCUGGCGCCUGCGGGCCCUCAACGCUCUCGGAUCCUCGCCUCAUUGGUCCGAGACGAGCGAACAGCAAGUCUUCCGCAACACACGAUCCUGACCCGUGUGCUCCUUGACCAAAUUGUCCGACCGGCCGAGAUUGCUUCUUUUGAACAGCUGUUGGCGCCACACCAACGCGCGACGUUGCCAAAGACGACCAACGAUGGCAUCGUCGCUGCUGCUGGCCCCUCGGACAGCGAUGGGAUGGACGUGGAAGUAGGGGAGGAGGAGUAUCAAGAAUCGAAACGGCAUGGUCCGUCUACCGUCCUGGACCGAGCGAUGAUGGAGCACAACAUUCUCGCCACUUCUCGGCUGUAUACCAACAUCACCCUCCAGGGUCUCGGUUCGCUCCUCGACCUCUCGGCGCCGGGCGCAGAGACGAUGGCGAGACGCAUGAUUGCUCAAGGGAGGCUGAGGGCAGAGAUCGAUCAGGUCGAUGGGCUCAUUCUUUUCAAAGCACAUGCCACGGGCAGGGACGUGGGCCCGCAAACUGUCACGGCGGGUGGCAAGCAGGGACAGAGUGGCAGCGGUGGUGCUGCUGGUGGCAGCGGCGGAGGCGAGGGCGAAUCAGCAGGCGGGGCGACCGGCAACGAUCAGGGCAUGGCUGAUGGCCAAGGCACUGGCGGCGGUGGUGACGACGACGAUGACCCAAAUGCAGUGUACACCAAGCGCUGGGACGCAAGCAUCGCAAAGACGGCCAGCGGCGUCGAGGACGUCUGUGCCCGUCUUCGGGCCAAGCAUCUGAUCCCCGCAUAGCCCCUUUUCAUUGCUCUCCUCUCUUUCCUCCCUCAUCUCCGUGUCUACAGGCCCUGUACAAUCCACAAUCCCACCCAGCUCUGUAAAGAAGGCUGCCCCCUUUCGCCACAAACAAGACACAGAUCAAUAGAAUAUUUCAUCGACAUUUCACAUCUUCGUCUCCUUGUCUUUAGGUUGCCU